AUGGACAUGCAUAUUGGCAUCAUUGACGUCGCAAAUGAGAUGGAAUUCGGUGUGAAGAAAAGAGGCCCAGUUUACUUUCAGUGUCGACCACUCCAUAGAGACCAGUCAGAUGCAAGUGACUUCACUGGCAAAUCGCUGCAAUUUUCCGACAAGCUUGAGAUUCCCGAGCUGAACGGAGAGAUCUUGGGAGAGAAUGGGCAAUCAAAAGACCGUCAUCGUGAGGUCUUUAAGGCUCAUGCACGGCUGUUUGAAGACGAAGCAAACUACCGCCUUUUCCAGCAUGUCCAGGAGCAUGGACCAGCUAGUAUUUACUGGAGAGCCUUCCGCGAGUACUUCACUGGAGAAAUCAUCAAUAUGGUCGAGUCACACUGGCGUCCUGAUCCUCGCUGCGCCCAGGUCCGCAUUGAUGCCCACAACCUGGCCUACCAGGCUAUAAACGAAGUCCCAUUCAUGUCUACUGCAGAGAGAAACUUGGUCAUCAGAGCUACUGGGAGCUAUCCUGAGGAUGCCAUGCCAUUUUUUACUAGCAUGACGAGGAACCGCCUUACAUAUCUCAUGGUAAAGGAGAUGUCGGACCUGUUCUUCUUUCGAAUCAGAGCUCUGGCUGGACGCGAGAUUGACCUCAAUAUGGAGAGAGAGAUGGCCCGCGUGACCAACUGGACUGAAUGCCAGUAA